GGUUUGGGGGAGGAGAUCGGCUCACACACAAGAGGAGAGUGUUGAGCCGCCAUAUCUGCUGCUGCCGCCGCAGUUGCGAAUGCAGCAUCGGCGCUUCGCUGCCUCCACGGUGCCGCUAAGGUUCGCGUCGCCACCCCUUGGCCCCUCGCUCUUGCUGCCUUCACCCCGCCGGCGGAGCCCGCUCUUUCUGGCCUGUUGAGCCCGCUCCCUCGCUGCCACACAGCAAGUCUUGACACCAUGGAUUCGGGCAGCAGCAGCAGCGACUCGGCUCCCGACUGCUGGGACCAGGUGGACAUGGAAGCCCCGGGGUCGAGCGGGGAUGGAGUCUUGUCCGCGGUGGCCGAGGCCCGGCGCGAGCCCCUCAGCUCGGCUUUCAGCCGUCAGCUCAACGUCAACGCCAAGCCCUUCGUGCCGAACGUACACGCCGCGGAGUUCGUGCCGUCCUUCCUGCGGGGCCCGACUCAGCCGCCCACCCCGCCGGCCGGCUCCGGCCGCAACGCUGAAACCUGCACCGUCGCGGGAUACCCUCAAGGUAAAAGGAUGGGACGGGGGGCACCUGUGGAAACUUCCCGAGAGGAACCGUUAGUGUCGCUUGAAGGUUCCAAUCCGGCCGUUACCAUGGAACUUUCGGAACCUGUUGUAGAAAAUGGAGAGGUGGAAAUGGCCCUAGAAGAAUCAUGGGAGCACAGCGAAGAAGUAAGUGAAGCCGAGCCUGGGGGUGGUUCCACGGGACAUUCGGGGCCCCCAGAAGAAAGUGGCCGGGAAAUGAUGGAGGAGAAAGAGGAAAUCAGAAAAUCCAAAUCUGUGAUCGUCCCCUCAGGUGCUCCUAAGAAAGAACACGUAAAUGUAGUGUUCAUUGGCCAUGUAGAUGCUGGCAAGUCAACCAUCGGAGGACAGAUAAUGUUUUUGACUGGAAUGGUUGACAAAAGAACACUGGAGAAAUAUGAAAGAGAAGCUAAGGAGAAAAACAGAGAAACCUGGUAUUUGUCCUGGGCCUUAGAUACAAAUCAGGAAGAACGAGACAAGGGUAAAACAGUCGAAGUGGGUCGUGCCUAUUUUGAAACAGAAAGGAAACAUUUCACAAUUUUAGAUGCCCCUGGCCACAAGAGUUUUGUCCCAAAUAUGAUUGGUGGUGCGUCUCAAGCUGACUUGGCUGUGCUGGUCAUCUCUGCCAGGAAAGGAGAGUUUGAAACUGGAUUUGAAAAAGGUGGACAGACAAGAGAACAUGCGAUGUUGGCAAAAACUGCAGGGGUAAAACAUUUAGUAGUGCUUAUUAAUAAGAUGGAUGAUCCCACAGUAAAUUGGAGCAUCGAGAGAUAUGAAGAAUGUAAAGAGAAACUGGUACCCUUUUUGAAAAAAGUCGGCUUCAGUCCAAAAAAGGACAUUCACUUUAUGCCCUGCUCAGGACUGACUGGAGCAAAUAUUAAAGAGCAGUCAGAUUUCUGCCCUUGGUACACUGGAUUACCAUUUAUUGCAUAUUUGGAUAACAUGCCAAACUUCAACAGAUCAAUUGAUGGACCAAUUAGACUGCCAAUUGUGGAUAAGUACAAGGAUAUGGGCACUGUGGUCCUGGGAAAGCUGGAAUCUGGGUCCAUUUUUAAAGGCCAGCAGCUUGUGAUGAUGCCAAACAAGCACAAUGUAGAAGUUCUCGGAAUACUUUCUGAUGAUACUGAAACUGAUUUUGUAGCCCCAGGUGAAAACCUCAAAAUCAGACUGAAGGGAAUUGAAGAAGAAGAGAUUCUUCCAGGCUUCAUACUUUGUGAUCCUAGUAACCUUUGCCAUUCUGGACGCACGUUUGAUGUUCAGAUAGUGAUUAUUGAGCACAAAUCCAUCAUCUGCCCAGGUUAUAAUGCGGUACUGCACAUUCAUACUUGUAUUGAGGAAGUGGAGAUAACAGCCUUAAUCUCCUUGGUAGACAAAAAAUCCGGAGAAAAAAGUAAGACACGACCCCGCUUCGUGAAACAAGAUCAAGUGUGCAUUGCCCGUUUAAGGACAGCAGGAACCAUCUGCCUUGAGACGUUCAAAGAUUUUCCUCAGAUGGGUCGUUUUACUUUAAGAGAUGAGGGUAAGACCAUUGCAAUUGGAAAAGUUCUGAAACUGGUCCCAGAGAAGGACUAAGCAAUUUUCUUGAUGCCUCUGCAAGAUACUGUGAGGAGAACUGACAGCAAAAGUUCACCACCGACUCUUAUUUACUGUCCAUUGACUGACUUCUCUUCAUAUUUUGCAAAGAGAAAUUUCACAGCAAAAAUUCAUGUUCUGUCAGCUUUCUCAUGUUGAGAUCUCAGUUAUGUCACUGUUGAAUUUACCCUCAAGUUUCCUUUCUCUGUACCACUCUGCUUCCUUGGACAAUUAUCAGUAAUAGCUUUCUAAGUGAUGUGGAUGUAAUUGCGUAUAAUAAUGAGAAAUUAAUGUUCUUUAAUUUUUCAUUUUCCUUUAGGACAUUUAGACCACCCUUGUUCCACUGCAGACCAGUCAGAGUGUGCCAUUGUUUGUAAAUGUUAAAAUGAUAACUAACAUGUGAAUAAACUACGCCGUUUGAAACUCUAUGGUUAUUUGAAAUGCUUUUAAAUAAUGUUUAAAUUUCAUUAUGUAAUGCUAUUCAGUUAGCUUUAUUACUUUCUCAAAUAGUUGAAUAUGUUCUAUCACUUUUAAAAACUCUUCACCACUGACUGUUUUAAGUGAGGAAUUUGCAAACAAUGCAUAAAUGUGUAUUAAAGGAAAAAUUUUAAUUUUGAGAAAAACUUAUGUUAACGCUCUUCCCAGUGACCUUUGUUUUCUCUGUCCAAGUCCAGUCAAUAAAGGAGCUCUUCUGCUUCCCAACUUGUGAUUUGAAAA